AUUGAACGGUGGGCAAUGUCCUCGGGCAGCGGCGGGAGGCUGGAGGUCCAGCAUGCGCGGAAGAUAAAUUCGUCGUUUUGGUGCGUGCGGGAGAAUGUGAGGGCGCGGGGGGGCGCGGGCGCGGGGCCGGCGCCGCGCGCGGAGGCUGCAGCGCUCAGAGCACCUGCGCCCGCGCUCCGUAGCGCCGCUCGCCGCGUGCUCAGUCCCCGCGCCCGCGCCCCCCCGCGCCGCGCCGGCCGCGUCGCGACGCCGCCCACGAUAUUGGGUUUGGGUGCUUAUCACAUGAAACGUGGUGGAGGAGAGCGGUCGCUCCGCGAGUCAGUGUGCGUGUCCCCCGGCCCCGCCAUGUCGGGCGCGUCCCCCGGGCCGCGCAGCCCCGCGUCCCCCGCGCGCUCGCCGCCCCCCGCCGUGCUGCACACCAUGACGCCGGUGCCCGCGCACGACUACUACCCGCACAAGGUGGAGCUGGACUCGGACGACGGCUACCCGCCGGAGCGCUACCGGCCCGCGCACCAGCUGGCGGCCUACGCGCCCGAGAACAAGGUGCCGGUCCAGCCCGACGUGUACGACCAGGCCAUGGACUCCAUCGACGAGAAGACGCCCAUCGACCUCAUCUACGAGGACGACAAGCAGACGGUGAUCUACACCACCACGCCGGACCAGAAGCGCGUGGAGAUGAUCAGCGGGCAGAUGGAGGACGGCCAGCUGGUGAGCGGCGGGCAGCUGGUGGACGGCGGCGUGUCCGUGGUGGUGGGCGCGCCCGGCCAGCCCGGCACCGUGCUGGUGCUGGCCGACCACGUCGUCGACGAGCUGGGCCAGGUCAUCACCAUACCGAGACGGCGCAAGGAAGUGAUGGAGGUGGGCGGCGAGUGGCGCGCGUACUACGGGGGCGAGCUGGCGCCGGGCGUGCUGGAGGAGCCCCCGCUGGUGGCGGAGUACUACAAGCUGCCGCCGCUGCAGCAGGACCAGCUCGGCCUGCACAAGGACGGGAAGCUGCUCGACGUGUGGCCGGCCGGCGCGACGAGCAAGCCGACCAAUGGCGCGCACGGGGCGGAGCUGGGCGAGCUGUCGGGGCUGCUGCACGCCGGCCUGGUGAAGCGCGAGCCCGAGGACCUGAGCCGCAAGGUGCCCGACGACGAGCACGCGCGCGCGCCGCCGAGACACAAGGUGGUGGAGGAGGCUGCGUCGCCGUCGCCCGCGCCCUCGCGCGCCUCGUCCGCCGGCUCGCUGCUGCCGGACGCCACCAUGUACGCGGCGCAGAUGUUCGCGCCGCCCGGCACGCCGAGCCCCACGCCCUACGGCGAGCAGUACGCGCGCCAGCCGCCCGCCUUCAGCGCCGACCCCUACUACCGGGAGUACUUCGUGGGCGACGGCUACCAGCAGCGCAGCGCGCCGCCCUACGGCGAGGCCGAGCCGGCGCCGCCCGCCGCCUUCGCCGAGCGCUACACGGCGCCGCGCUACCACGGCAAGAGCGUGAUCGCGGCCGCCGGGCUCACGGUGGACCUGCCCUCGCCGGACAGCGGCAUCGGCGCCGACGCCGUCACCCCGCGGGACCACACGGCGGUGCAGCAGUCGUUCGACUACACGGUGAUAUGCCAGCAAGGGGGGGUGGAGGAGGGGCGCGGGACGCCCUCCGCGCACCACUCCCCGGCGUCGCAGCCCCGCACGCGCCCCUGGCACGACUUCGGGAGACAGAACGACGCUGACAAAAUACAGAUACCAAAACUGUUCUCUCCGUACGGGUUCAAGUACCACCUGGAGACGGCGUCCAGCUCGUCGCAGCGGCGCGAGGACGACCGCAUCACCUACAUCAACAAGGGGCAGUUCUACGGCAUCACGCUCGAGUACGUGCACGACCCCGACAAGCCGCUCAAGAACCAAACUGUCAAGAGCGUGGUGAUGCUGAUGUUUCGCGAGGAGAAGUCCCCCGAGGACGAGAUCAAGGCGUGGCAGUUCUGGCACGGGCGCCAGCACUCCGUCAAGCAGCGGAUACUCGACGCCGACACCAAGAACAGCAUCGGGCUGGCGGGCUGCAUCGAGGAGGUGUCGCACAACGCCAUCGCCGUCUACUGGAACCCGCUGGAGAGCGCCGCCAAGAUAAAUAUUGCGGUCCAAUGUCUAAGUACAGACUUCAGCAGUCAAAAAGGAGUAAAGGGCCUUCCACUUCACAUACAAAUUGAUACCUUCGAGGACCCGAGAGAUACACAAGUUUAUCACAGAGGAUACUGCCAAAUUAAAGUUUUUUGUGACAAGGGUGCUGAAAGAAAAACAAGAGACGAGGAGAGGAGAGCGGCGAAACGGAAAAUGUCGGCGACGAAUAGAAAGAAACUGGACGAGAUAUACCAUCCUGUGACGGAGCGCAGCGAGUUCUACACGAUGGCGGACCUGGGCAAGCCGCCCGUGCUGUUCAGCCCCGCCGAGGACAUCGACAAGCUCACGGGCAUGGACAUCCAGGGCUUCUACGGGCAUGAUGACGCCGCGCUGGCCGAGGCGCAUCUGAAGGGAGCCUCGCCCUUCCUGCUGCACGCCGCCAAGCCACAGGCGCCCGCGCUCAAGUUCCACAACCACUUCCCGCCAGACGCGCCAGCGUACAGAUCAGAGGUGGGCAGCCUGUCCCCGUACGGCGACCGCAAGGACUCGCUGGAGCUGGAGGGCGUGCUGGGCAAGCGCGCGCGCGCCUCCACGCCGCCGCUGAGCGAGCGGGUCAUGCUGUACGUGCGGCAGGACACGGACGACGUCUACACUCCGCUGCACGUGGCGCCGCCCACCACGCAGGGCCUGCUGCAUGCCAUUGAGAAUAAGUACAAAAUUUCAAGUUCGGCAAUUAAUAACCUUUAUCGAAAGAACAAGAAAGGGAUUACGGCCAAAAUUGACGAUGAGAUGUUGGCGUAUUAUUGCAACGAAGACUUGUUCCUGCUGGAGGUGCGGCCGGCGGGCGCCAGCGACGACGAGCCGCUCUACGACAUCACCUUCGUGGAGCUGCCCCUGGAGCACUAGCGCGCGCCCCGGCUAGCCGCCCCCGCCGCUUGGCGCCCCCGCCGCGCGCCCCCGACACCAGCCGCCGAGCCGGCCCUGACAGUUACACUGCUGGAAACCUCACAGUUAACACUACUUAUAAAUGGACAAUGAACAAAAUCAAUCCUUCAAUUUACUUAAUAUAAAAUUACGAAAAAUAUUUAUCUAUAAAAUAAUAUGGGAUAAAAAUUGUCUCAAAAGUGUCGAUCUCAGAUUGAAAUUUACUUUUAAGCUGUACAUCACCGUAACUUCUCUUCACAAAAUGUGUCACAAUUAGUUUACAGUGAAAAGCCAAGUGGGACCGAUUUUGUAUAUAAUUAUAGUGCCUUUGAUUAAUUACAGCUGUAGGUGACAAUGAUGAAUGUAGCUACCAGUAUAUAGUUGCAUUGAUGAUCGUCUCCGAGCUGUGAUGGAAGUGUUGGCUGUUGUCUGUUGCUGUAUCUUCAACGUGUUGUGCCAUUCACUCGGUUAUCAUACUAGGUGUAGUUAACAUUCCAACAGGUACCUUUAAAUCUUGCCAUGAUGAAUAAAGUAAGAGAUUCUUGUCACAAAAUAAUUUUGUAGAUAUUGCAUCUACGCGUGAAUAUAAAGCAUGAAGUGCCUUCGUCAUAAUAAUAUGUUAUUUUAUCUAGAUAUUAAUCAUUAUUCAUAAGUGAGUUAAGUCAAAUUAAAUGCCAUCCACUUUGUUAAGUUUUUACAAGUAAGUUCGCCUCAUAAGCAGCUCAAUUCGUUCUUUAGUAAAUUUCAUUUUUAUUCUGAUCUAAUGAAUUUCAUAAUUUGCUUCCAAAAACAUAAUACUUACAUAUCUACUUAUUAUGUUUUCCAACCCACAAUAUUUCCAGUUUCUAAGUGUGACUAAUAAUUUAGGGCGACAGCAAAACAUAUUUUGAAUCGGUUAAGUGUGGAAGCAAAGGAUAGGUACAUACCAAUUACAAUUUCAAAUAAGAUACUGAGUCGCAGUUAUGCAAAAUAUAACCUACCUUUACUGCAUAAUAGUCAUCGUAAUAUAGUCACAACGCCGAGACCAUUUGGUCGACAUUCAUUGAUGGGAGUGGUUUGUCUGUAAUUUAAGAUAAUUAUUGAUAAUAGAUUUUGUUAUUAGACUUAAAUCAAGUACGAUACGUAAGUUAUCGGGCCAUGACAGCAAAAUUAGAUUAAGAAAAGUAUUUGUGUCCAAGACUUAUUGUAAAUGUAAGAGAAUAAACGUUAAACAACAUGCUCUAUGUAUUCUUCAGUUUAAAAACAGUUAAUUGUAUGAAGAGGUUCAGUUGUGUGGCGGAGCACGUGACGUCAUGCAACUGACCAAUCUGAUCAAUCGGUAAAUUUUGUAAUGUAUUGUUAAGUUUUUCCACCGAUUAAUCUUCCAAAUUUCAGAACCAGGUUCUGUGUUUUCAUUAAAAAGAGUUGUUUGUGGAGACGUCGCUAGUGAGGACGGUUCGGAUAACUGCCAUAUUAUGACAUAAUUUAGAAUAAAUUACCUAAAUAUGUUAGUUUAGAUCUUACAGAUAGUUCUUUAUUAAUAUAAUUUGUGUCUCGUGACAUGCAGGUAGGAAUCGAAUUUUUAUUACUAAGAUAAGUUAUAUCUAUUUUACGUAUAAUAUAAUGUAUUGUUUUGUUUCUAUUAUGUACUUGCUUCGUUUGGGUUGUGACAUGUCCCGCGUCAAUCGCAAUUUUACUUCCAUUAUUGAUCUUAAAAAUUAACACUCGUUAUUUUAAAUUCACUAGUAGUUAUUUAGCUCAAGACUCAUCGCAUUUUUGCUCAAAGUCUAUUCCCACUGCAGUGGAAGGACUCUAACAUUAUUUUACUUGUAAGUACGUUUACAUACAUACGUAUUAAUAUUUAUUUAUGUACUUAAUUAUUUUAUAAAUUUGCAGCUUUAAUGUUUACUUACAUUGAUGUUAGUUCGUGAUUCUGAAUCUCGUCAUAAGUCACAAAUGUCAGUAGCAAUAGAUACGUAAAUCAGUAAUGUAGCGGGAGCGCCUCGCGCUAGGCCCGCUAGGACCAUGUGCAAUGUGACGCGAGGCGGGGUGAGGACGGGAGAGGUGGGCCGAGGACGCUAGAGGCCGGCCGAGGACGGUAGAGGACGGUAGAUGCGGCGGGCCCCCGCAAGGCGCUCCCUCGUGUGAAAGUAGAGAGUUUAGUCACACUAGUUAAACACAUCCCGUAAUCAAAUUCUACUGUACUUAAGUUUUAAAUUGAAUAGAUGUUACGUUAUUCUUUUAUAUGAAUAUUUGUAAGUUGUCAUAUAAAUAUAAUUAUUUUUAUCAAAGUUUAUAAUCUAAAUAAAAAUGUUUUUCUUCAAAACUAA